AUGGGUCCCUGUACGGCCUCCCAUUUACUGCUGCCAGGCCCGUAAUCUGCCAUGGGCCCCCGUACCGACUCCUCAUGCUGCUGCCAGGCCCAGUGUGUCAUGGGUCCCAGUACGGCCUCCCAUUGCUGCUGUCUCCAUCGCCACACUCUGCCAUGUGCCACUUUCAGGUCUCCUCACCACUGCUGGUGGGUUCCAUUUUGUCAUAGGGUGCUGGCAGAUUACGGGCCUCCUCAUUGCUGCUGCCAGGCCCAGUAAUCUGCCAUGGGCCCCCGUACCGACUCC